GCGCUUUAUUUACGUCGUCGUUCCUAGAGAUGACAAGGGUUUGCUGCUGCAAAGCUCGCCGGUGGGAAGCAAGUAGGAGGAUCAAAGAUCAAAUAGACAUAGUUCAUAUUCAACGCGGCCAGUUGGCGUAAUAUUUAUUGUUUUGAGCUUGUAAUUAUGGUGUUUAAAGCGGAUAAAGAGCACUGGCUGCAAGAGGAGACGGGAUGCAAAUGAAUGCAGACGGGACGAGCAGCCGGCACACCCUUGUCUGGGGAGGAAACAUGCAAUAAUCCCCUUUCUCAUGCUUUUAUCUCCUGGACAAGACUUUUCCCCAAGGCUGGUGAAUCGUAGCUUUUGGACAAAGUGAAACUGAAUAUGACUGAGUCAUUAUUAUGGCAGAGAUAACUGGACAAACCUGCAACUAGCUGCACAGAGAAGUCCUGCACAUGCAACAUUCCCCUUCCUCUUUGCCUUCCCUUUUGCGUGUGUUUGCAGUUAUAUUUCCAUCAUGAAUCCCCCGGUGUACACCUUUGUCACCCGCGACGACAACAGCACUGUUUAUGCAGAAGUUUCAAAGAUCCUGCUGAAGACUGGACAGUGGAAGAAGCUGAAAAGAGACAAUCCUAGGUUUAAUUUAAUGCUUGGAGAACGGAAUAGACUGCCCUAUGGACGCCUGGGCCAUGAACCGGGUCUGGUGCAGCUGGUGAAUUACUACAGAGGGGCAGACAAGCUGUGCAGAAAGGCAUCCAUGGUCAAACUAAUAAAGACCAGUCCAGAGCUGUCCGAUUCCAGCAGCUGGUUUCCAGAGUCCUACAUCAUCUAUCCCACCAAUCUCAACACCCCUGUCGCUCCGGCUACGAAUGGAAUCAACCAUCUCAAGAGUAACCCCAAAACAGAUGAGAGGGAGGUUUUCUUGGCCUCUUAUCACACUAAAAAAGAAGCUGGGGAGGGAACAGUCUGGAUAGCCAAGUCCUCUGCUGGAGCUAAAGGUGCUGGUAUUCUGAUCUCCCAUGACGCUAAUCAGCUGCUGGAGUACAUUGACAAUCAGGGACAGGUUCAUGUUAUUCAGAAGUAUCUGGAGAAGCCGCUGCUGCUGGAGCCAGGACAUCGGAAGUUUGACAUCAGGAGCUGGGUGCUGGUGGAUCACCAGUAUAAUAUCUAUUUAUACCGGGAGGGCGUGCUGCGCACCUCGUCUGAGCCCUACAACAGCGCUGACCUGCAGGACAUGACCAGCCACCUGACCAACCACUGCAUCCAGCAGGAGCACUCCCAGAACUACGGACGAUACGAGGAGGGAAACGAGAUGUUCUUUGACGAGUUCAAGCUGUACCUGUUGAACACUCACAGCAUCACCCUGGAGACCACCAUAUUACCUCAGAUCAAGCACAUCAUAAAGAGCUGUCUGUCGUGUAUUGAGCCGGCCAUCAGCACCAAACAUCUGUCCUACCAGAGUUUUCAGCUCUUUGGCUUCGAUUUCAUGGUCGACGAAAACUUCAAAGUGUGGCUCAUUGAAAUCAACGGAGCUCCAGCCUGUGCACAGAAACUGUAUUCAGAACUAUGUCAGGGCAUCGUGGACGUGGCCAUUUCAAGCGUGUACACCCUGAGCAGCGGCAGCGACUCCUCCUCCGCCUCCUCCUCCCCGUACUCGUCCUCCCCGUCGUCCCUGUUCUCCACCGGCUCCUGCUCCUCCCCCAAGCUGAGGGGACCUCUCCACGUGGGGCCGUUCACCCGGCUGUAGGCGCGCCCUAAACACACCGCUGUUAGAAGCUUCCUCCAUCCUGUCCUCAUUCCUGAACAGCACCUGAGAAGGGAAGCGUGGCUGCAAGCUGAGACCUGGGGGGGGAGUGUUGUUUUUAUGAAGUACAGAAAUACAAAAAGAGAAGGCUGUUCCUUUUGGUUCUGGAUCUUAAGGAGGAAAAGAUGGCAUGGAACUGUUGAGUUGAUGUGGGAGUUUGUGAAUCUGUGCCUGAUUUCCUCCCAGAUUCUCCUCCAGACGUGUCGGUGGGUGAGACGGAUGUAGAGAUGCUCCCAACGAGACUGUAGUGCCUUACAUUUCCACCCUCGCUCCCUUACAAAGACGGCCAAUUAGCUUGCUCUGUGAUUGACGUGGACUCGUUUCAUAAGCCUUUGCACUGUAAUACUACAAAAUCAAUGCUGUUAAUUUCAGUCAUAGAAAUAGCAUAGAGCAGAUUUUUGAUAUUUUAAUGAACUUGAAGAAUUAUGAGUCCAAUUUUAUCAACACUUUUUCUUAAUUUAUUUCAUUUUUUUUCCUUUUUGUUGCCCACUUGCAGCUCACCAAUACUUUGAAGGAAUUGAAAAUCGAGGAGAGCUCCCCAGUAUUAAGUUAAAGAGUAUUACACUAGUGUCUGGGUAAUUUGACACUCAGGCCUGGAUGUCAGCGUUUCUCUAAACCGGGGGUCGGCAACCCGCGGCUCCAGAGCUGCAUGCGGCUUUUUAGCACCGCCCUAGUGGCUUCCUGGAGCUUUUUCAAAAUUGUUUAACCUUUUUUUUCUCCUUUUUUUUCUUCUUUUUUCCCUUUUUUUCUUUUUUUUUCUUUUCCU